GGAUCUGUGGAACCCAUGCAGAUUGAUGCAGACCCCCAGGAGGACCAGCAGAAUGCUCCAGAUAUUAACUACAUAGUGGAGAAUCCCACACUGGACCUGGAGCAGUAUGCCACAAGCUACAGUGGAUUAAUGCGCAUCGAAAGGCUUCAGUUUAUUGCUGAACAUUGUCCUCAGCUGCGAGUGGAAGCUCUGAAGAUGGCCCUCACCUUCAUCCAAAGGACGUUUAAUGUGGACACUUAUGAAGAGAUCCACCGCAAACUCACUGAAGCCAAUAGGGAGGUGCAGAGUGCUUCAGAUGCAGCGCCUGAAGGAGGGGUCGUUUCUCCUCCUCUGGACUCAGCUUGGGCCGAAUCCACCAGGAAAAAGGCUCUUCUCAAACUGGAGAAACUGGACACGGAUCUGAAAAACUACAAAGGSAAUUCCAUUAAAGAGAGCAUCAGGAGAGGCCAUGAUGAUUUGGGGGACCACUACCUGGACUGUGGUGACCUCAGUAAUGCUCUGAAAUGCUACUCCCGUGCCAGAGACUACUGCACCAGUGCUAAACAUGUUAUUAACAUGUGUCUGAAUGUCAUAAAGGUGAGUGUUUACCUCCAGAACUGGUCCCAUGUGUUGAGCUACGUGAACAAGGCAGAAUCCACUCCAGAAAUCGCAGAGGUCUGGCUGAGUUGGCUUCCAGAAAAUACAAACCAGCUGCCAAAUGUUUCCUGCAGGCUUCGUUUGAUCAUUGUGACUGCCCAGAGCUGUUGUCACCCAGUAAUGUUGCAGUCUACGGGGGUUUGUGUGCCUUGGCCACGUUUGACAGGCAGGAGCUCCAACGUAACGUCAUCUCUAGCAGCUCCUUUAAGUUAUUUCUGGAAUUAGAACCUCAGAUCCGAGACAUCAUCUUCAAGUUUUAUGAGUCCAAGUAUGCUUCCUGUCUCAAGCUGCUYGAUGAAAUGAAGGACAAUCUGUUGUUGGACAUGUACUUGGCUCCACACAUCAGAACUCUGUACAGUCAGAUCAGAAACAGAGCUCUCAUUCAGUAUUUCAGCCCGUAUGUCUCGGCUGACAUGACAAAGAUGGCUCAGGCUUUCAACACCACAGUCUCAGCCCUGGAAGACGAGCUGACGCAGCUGAUUCUGGAGGGGCUCGUCAAUGCACGGAUCGACUCCCACAGCAAGAUCCUAUAUGCAAGAGAUGUGGACCAGAGGAGCACCACAUUUGAGAAGUCUCUCCACAUGGGCAAAGAAUUCCAGAGACGAGCUAAAGCUAUGAUCCUCCGUGCCGCCGUGCUGCGCAACCAGAUCCAUGUCAAGUCUCCCCCCAGAGAAGGCAGCCAGGGUGAGCUGACACCGGCCAACAGCCAGACCAGGAUGAGUACCAAUAUGUGAGGAGGAGGAGGAUUGCUCUUUAUCAGCCACCAUUACUCAGUCCUUUACACCUAAAACCUGAAUCCCAAGUUUCUGGAACCAUCUGUUGAUGUCUGGAGUCUGACAUGGAAAUUUAUAACGACAAGUGUGUUUAAAUAAAAAGGAGCACUUGAACUGUAAACUAAAAAGAAAUACACUUUAGUUCUGUAUGGAGACCUCAUUGUCAGCAGCAUUUUAAAAUAAACACCUUCCAAAAGUA